CGUACGCCCAGGCUUUUCCGAAGGGCAGGGUAGGGAGAAGGGCCGGCCGGAGGCUCUGAGAGGGCUGGGCCGCAGGCCGUCAGGCGGGUGGAAUCCUGCUGCCCACCUGCCGGGAGGGCGGAGCUUCGGGUCUCCACGGACACGGCUUCUCCUAGCAACCUGGCGGGCGUUGAGCUGAGCCGCCGGGGCGAUGGACGCCGAGAGCCUCCUGCUGUCGCUGGAGCUGGCGUCCGGCAGUGGGCAGGGCCUCAGUCCGGACCGUCGGGCCUCACUGCUCACUUCCCUGAUGCUGGUUAAGCGCGACUACCGCUACGAUCGGGUCCUCUUCUGGGGCCGCAUCCUCGGCCUCGUCGCCGAUUACUACAUCGCGCAGGGCCUGAGUGAGGACCAGCUCGCACCGCGCAAGACACUCUACAGCCUGAACUGCAUGGAGUGGAGCCUCCUGCCCCCUGCCACAGACGAGAUGAUGGUGCAGACAUCCGUGGUGAAGGGCCGCUUCACGGGGGACCCCUCGCAUGAGUAUGAGCACACUGAGCUGCAGAAGGUGAACGACGGCGAGAAGGUCUUUGAAGAAGAAGUAGUGGUCCAGAUCAAGGAAGAGACCCGCUUGGUGUCCAUCAUUGACCAGAUUGACAAGGCUGUGUCUGUCAUUCCCCGUGGUGCCCUCUUUAAGACUCCUUUUGGACCCGUCCAUGUCAAUCGGACCUUUGAAGGACUGUCUUUGUCCCAAGCCAAGAAGCUCAGUUCCUACUUCCACUUCAGGGAGCCUGUUGAGCUGAAGAACAAGACCUUGCUUGAGAAGGCUGACCUGGACCCCUCCCUGGACUUCUUGGAUUCCUUGGAGCAUGACAUCCCCAAAGGGUGUGGCUGGACAGCUCUGCUUGGUGCUGACUUCUGAGCCUUCUCACACGCAGCUGGAUGCUCCAAGGUGGGUGGAUAAGGCCUUCCCUCCACAGUGCUGGGGGAUUAGGGGGGCUGACAUAAGAGUGCCUUUUUCCCUUGCAGUGUGAGAGGCAAGGAGGGGGCCAGACUAAAGCCAGGGCUAGAUGGGAUGUGGGGGCCCAGCAAAGUCUCCCUAAGGGAACCCCCUUAGCCCCAUCAGCCUUGCCAUUUGGAAUAAAGGGGACGCAAGAGGCAGCUCUCUCUGCAGCAGCGAUGUAAGAUAUGGAGCUUUAGGGUUUUCCCAAAGGAUGCUGGGGCCACACUGAUGUGUCUAGUCGGCAAGUAAAUUCAUCAGGCCGCUGGGAGGUACAGGAUCUGGGCCAGGGAGGUGGGUGAGUUUCAUUGGCCUGAGGCCUCAGACUUCUUGCCCUAAUGGUGGGCCUCAGGGCUCAAGGAUUAGCUGACGUUCGUAUCGCGGUUCACCCCAGCGUGUUGCUUUGUCCUCAGCGCUGAAGCCUUGGGAGCUGAGGGCUUCUGCCAUCUCCUAUGCAUGUGGGCCCAAGGGGAGGGAUGCUCCUGGCCUGACCUUGGGAAACCUUACAUGUUUUGGGCCUCCAGCCCCCUUCCUUCCAGAGCCACCACCAAAAAGCCUCCAGGAAGUCAGGCCGAGCUUUUUCACAUGAUUGCUUGGUGGGCCCAUGGUGUGAGGGUGGAGGUGUGGAUGGUCGGGGGAGAGCAGACACUCUG